AGCUCCGCAGUCUUAACCAUGUUUACUCUGGGACCUUUGUUCUAAAACUCGGAUCCGUGUGUCUCUACACCAGUGACAGAAAAAAGACUUAAGGUUCAAAGCCCAGUAUAUACGCUCAAUUACAAUCUACAAACAUUAGUUGUAAGUACGACUGAAGUUGCAUCAGUCAUGAACAACAUCAGCGAUUCUCGACUGGUGGGAGACAAAAUCCACCCAGCGGUCGAAAUAUUUCUCGCUUCAGUGGGAUUUCUGGUCCUCUUCUGCGGAAUCGUUGGCAACGGCUUUCUGCUGGUGGUGCUGGGUACACAGCGCAGCAUGUGGCAAGUGCACAACGUCUUCAUCGCCAACCUCGCCCUCGCCGACCUCGUGGUGGUCUGCACGGGGCCGCCCUUCGUCACCAUGGACUUCGUGCUGGGCUACUACCCGGUGGCCAAUGACUUUCACUGCCAGGUGAACGGCUUCGUGGUGUGUUUGUCCUACAGCGUGUCUGUUCUCAGCCUCGUGUCCAUCUCCUUCAACCGUUACAUGAAAGUUUGCCACAGUCAACUUUUCCUUCGACUUUUCUCUUUGAAGAAAAGCAUCGCAGCCUGUGGGCUUCUUUGGUUGGCAGCGAUGAUCCUCAACAUCCCGCUUCUUGCUGGAAAACCUCCCUACGGGUACGACAAAGGGUCACAUCACUGCAGUGCCAGGUCGCAAGCUCGUUCUCUCGAUUAUGGAACGUUAGCGAUGUCGACACAUUUGGUUUUCCCUACGUUCGCAAUCGCCUUCUUUAACAUCGCUAUUUUCAGACACUGGCGACAAAGCACCAAGAGGUUGAAAACCAACCGACCGGACAAUGUCACCAAUUCAGGAGCAACGCAGAAGGCUUUUUCGAAAUCGACCCACGCACGAAAUGACAAACAAACAAAUCCAGGUAACAUUCAGGGAACUAGCUUACAAUCCAUAGACAAUGAGAACUUGUAUGCGCACCAUACUAUCCCUGAAAUAAAAGUUGAUUUUUCAGAAUCUUCAACAAGUUCGCAGCUUGACCUUGUUCAGUUCGCUUCCUCUGCUAGUCCGAAGGGUUCACUUUUGGUUUUACUCCACAAGAAAGCACUGGGUGGAAAAAGAGAUGAAAGUGGUAAGAGUGCGACGGACAAUGUCAGUGGUCAGAAGAAGAAGUCACCAAUUUCUCGCAGUGAAAUGGCUUUGAUCAGGAGUCUGCUGGUCAUCGCCAUCUGUCUGCUGCUCCUGUACACGCCCUUCGCCGUCUGCAUCUUCAUCGACUUCUUUGUCCCGGUUCAGACCGAGGUCAUGGCCACUGCCAGCAUGCUGCUUUUCGUCAACUGCUCCAUCAACUGGAUCAUCUACGGCGCCAUGAACACGUCCUUCAGAAAAGCCUACAAGCUUACCCUUCUGGUUUGUUGCCCAUGGCAACAGAAACAGACUUUAGCCCAGCCCGAGUCCAGCUGUUCAAAGGACAACAAUCUCACAGACACUUCUUUCACUGUCACCUCGCAAAGUCAGAGCGCUCAGACGAGUGUGUCUCAGUCAAGUAUUCAGUGAUGUGUAUGUAUGAACUAUGUUUUAAAUGUCUGUAGAUGAAUGUUUAUUUGUAAGUGUGUUGUUAUAUCCUACUUGUUCUUUUAAUAUAAUAAUUUUUAACUCUAGGGUACUUGCUAGUUCAUUCAAAGCUGCUUUUAAGUAUAUUGAUACAAAGUUGUUGACGAGUGUGAAUAAUAGUUGAACUAACGACCUACAAGCUCGCUGCUAACAAAUGUUUGUAAUACAGUCCGUACAUUACGACACAUCAUCUCAUCUUAUUGAUGAUUCUUUGGUUUCAUUGUUCAGUUUCAAGCUAUGGUGAUAUUCAUGAACGCUUUUACACAAUGAUCAAAUUUUGUAAAUAGGAACCUGUAAAUAGCUUACAGUAAAUAUUGUUACAGUCUUUACAUCACCAUUGUACUAGUACUUUACCUACUAGUACUUUAACCAUUUUAAUGCAGUUUUAAUACAAUUGUUACCCUUGAUAAAUGCAUAACAUAAUUUUUCUUGUGCUCAUUGCAGUAACCAUUCAACCGUAUCAAGCAUCAGGCUAUUUAUCAUGAGCUUUUAGCUCAAUUGUUUGGUAGCAAUUAAUCAGUUGAAUGUAAAUAAAAAAGCUGUUUAUAUAGAAGAUGGCGGAAUUCCUUUUGUAAUAUUUACAUUCUAAAUAUAGCUCUUUGAUUUUCUUUGAAAUUAAACUCUUACGAACUGAAUUUUGGAAUUAAAUGAAAUAAAGAAAAAUUGGAAUAAAUUUGUCUUACAGCCAUG